AUGUCGCUCGCACCUCGUAAGAGAAGGACAGAGCGACAAGACUCUCCUUCUGGUCUACCUCAAACAGUUAGGACAUACAGUGGAUUGGAGGAAGAGAAGAGACGUUCCCCUCGCCCAGUCCCACCAGACUCAUCAGUCCGCUCCGAAUACUUCUUCUCCUGGUCUACAGGUCUAAUCCUAACAGUAUUAGCAUUUAUCAUCCGGUUCUGGCGAAUAGGUCAUCCUUCUCAAGUGGUGUUCGAUGAAGUCCAUUUCGGUUCUUUUGCCUCACACUAUAUCAGACGAGAAUACUAUUUCGAUGUCCAUCCGCCGCUAGCGAAGAUGUUGAAUGGUCUAGCAGCUUGGGUGGUAGGGUUCAAUGGUGAUUUUGGUUUUGAACAGAUUGGUGAUGAUUAUAUUAGUCAUAACGUCCCAUACGUCGGUAUGAGAAGCUUCUGCGCUAUCAUGGGGUCCAUCACUGUCCCCAUCGUAUUUGGAAUAAUGAGAGAAUCAGGUUAUCCAGCUGGAAUAGCUUUACUUUCGGCUGCGUUAGUUGCAUUUGACAACGGUCACAUCACUCAGACCCGACUCAUCCUCCUUGAUGCCGCUCUUGUGCUUUUCAUGGCUCUUUCCUUAUUCUCCUACGUCAAGUUCCACCAAUACCGAUAUCAAGAAUUCACUAAUUGGUGGUGGUUCUGGUUACUCUCUACUGGAGGCUGGUUAGCAUGCACCUUGGGCUGUAAAAUGGUUGGAUUGUUCACUUUCCUGUCCGUUGGUGCUGCUGUGAUUUGGGAUUUAUGGGAAAUCUUAGAUAUCAAGAAGGGUCAUUCCAUGUCUUACGUGUGGAGACACUUCUUCUAUCGUGUGGUUGGUCUCAUUCUCGUCCCAUUCCUGAUUUACCUCUCCUUCUUCUGGAUUCACUUCAAAGUGCUCAAAUAUUCUGGGCCCGGCGAUUCGUUCAUGAGUCCUGCUUUCCAAGAAACUUUGGCUGGUAACGAGCUAUUGCUUAAUGCUCAAGAGAUCCGAUACUUCGAUACCGUCACCAUCAAGCAUAAAGAUACCAAACAGUUCCUUCACUCUCACGCUGAUCACUACCCAUUGCGAUACGAGGAUGGUCGAAUUUCCUCUCAAGGUCAGCAGGUAACCUGUUAUCCACACAAUGAUACCAACAAUCACUGGCAGAUCCUUCCUACAAAGGAGAUCCCAGAUUCAGGACGAGGCAGAGUAGUCCGACACAACGAUGUGAUCCAAUUGAGACAUAUCGUUACUGAUACCAUCCUCCUCACUCACGAUGUCGCUUCUCCACUCAUGCCCACCAACCAAGAAUUCACCACUAUCGCACCGGACGAUGAGGAUCGAAAGAACGAUACGAUGUUCAAAGUGGUCAUAACCGAUGCGCACGAGGGAGAACCGUGGAGAUCUCUAUCAGGGCAUUUCAAGCUAGUGCACGUACCUACCAAAGUGGUUUUGUGGACUCAUCCAACGGCAUUGCCAGAUUGGGCAUAUGGUCAACAAGAAGUGAAUGGAAACAAGAACCAACAAGAUAGGACUACCUCUUGGUUCGUUGAAGAUAUCAUCGCUGAUGGAACCGGUAACGAUUUCAAGAACCGUACUACCCACGUCGAACCUAAGAAAACCAAGAAAGUAGCUUUUAUCAAGAAAUUCUUCGAAUUGCAAAUCCUCAUGUUACAGCAUAAUGCAGGAUUGACUUCUUCCCAUCCUUACGCGUCUACUCCCGUCGAAUGGCCAUUCUGUCUCUCUGGAAUAAGUUUCUGGACGGACUCGGAGACGAAUCAGCAGAUUUACAUGAUUGGUAAUUUGCUUGGAUGGUGGACUUGCGCUAUAUCAUUGUCGGUCUUCGUUGGUAUCGUUGUAGCUGAUAUGCUCGCGAGAAGAAGAGGAUUGGAUCCCAUUGAAGAUGCCAUUCGAAAUCGAUUAUAUCGAAAUACCGGCUUCUUCCUCGGUGCAUGGGCAUUCCACUAUUUCCCUUUCUACCUAAUGCAAAGACAGCGAUUCUUACAUCACUACUUGCCUGCCCAUCUCGCAUCUGCAUUAGUAGCUGGAUCAGUAUUGAAUUUCAUCUUGGUCGAAGUGGUCAAUUACCCUAUCAGUUUUCCUGGACCUAAAACUCGUUUGAGACCUGCUGUAAGAGCUAAAUUGGGCAAGACCGGUUGGGGUGUGGUAAUUGGUUUGUUGGUGUUGGUAGUGGGGAUGUUCUUGUGGUUGGCUCCAUUGACUUAUGCUUUAACGUUGACUGGCGAACAGGUUAAUAGAAGGAAAUUGUUGAGUAGCUGGACACUCCAUUUCGAAGCUAAAAAGAAUCAUUAA